CGGCUGCCUUCCCUACGCCCUUUUAGAGUCAUGUGACAGCGGUUUCCGCGAUCACAUGAUCUGGGGAGAGUGUGCGAAGCGCUGGUGCCUGGCUGGAUGCUGAGUGAAACACCUUUGGUUCUGUGGAUGGUCGAGUUCUGGAGUCGGACACACUCACCCAGGCUAACCAAGGCUGUUUGUCUGUGUGAGCCAGUGGGCCUUGCACAGGGAUGGCCUGCUCUCAGGUCUCAGUGAACAGUGACCAGCAGGGCUGGAGUGAGGACACUCUCCUGCCCAGCUCAUCCACCCGCCAGCCAAGGGGCGCCGGGAAGCAAGGAGGGACACCAGCCUAUGCAGCUGUCUUCAUCGUGGUGAAUGCCGCGCUGGGCGCAGGCCUGCUCAACUUCCCCUAUGCCUUCUACAUGGCAGGAGGAGUGGUGGCUGGCAUAGUCCUGCAGAUGUGUUUGCUGCUGUUUAUAAUUGCUGGGCUGGUGAUUCUGGCCUACUGUUCACAAGUCAGUGGCAAAGCCACCUACCAGGAGGUGGUGCGGGCGGUGUGUGGACAGGUGGUGGGCAUAAUCUGUGAUAUCCUGAUUGCUGUCUAUACCUUCGGCACCUGCAUUGCAUUCCUCAUCAUCAUCGGCGACCAGCUGGACAAGAUCCUCGAGGCGUUGCUGCACACACAUGAAGGGGAAGGUCACUGGUACAGUAACCGCAAAUUCACCAUCUCGGUCAUCUCCAUUCUCGUCAUCCUACCUCUGUCCAUUCCCAAAGAGAUUGGGUUCCAGAAGUACGCCAGCACCCUAAGUGUGUUGGGGACUUGGUACGUGACUGUUAUAGUCAUCGUCAAGUACGUGUGGCCAGACCAAGGCAUCAGUACUGGGCAUAUUCCCACCCGUCCCUCCUCCUGGAUGAUGGUGUUCAAUGCUGUUCCAACCAUCUGCUUCGGCUUCCAGUGCCACGUGAGCAGUAUCCCGGUGUUCCACAGCAUGGAGAGGCCAUCAAUGCAACGCUGGAGCUGGGUGGUGACGGCUGCAGUCCUGGUCUGCCUGUUUGUGUACACAGGCACAGGAGUGUGUGGUUUCCUGACCUUUGGCUCCAGGGUGAAUGUUGAUAUCUUGCUGUCGUAUCCGUCGACCGACAUCUCUGUGGCUGUGGCUCGAGCCUCCAUCAUCCUGUGUGUGCUCACCUCCUACCCCAUCCUUCACUUCUGUGGCAGGGCUGUGAUUGAAGGCCUGUGGCUCCGUUACAAGGGGGAGGCCCUGGAGGUGGACAGGUAUCGAGAGGGACGGCGACGGAUACUCCAGACAGUGACCUGGUUUGUGCUGACCCUGAUUUUGGGCCUCUUCAUCCCAGACAUCGGGAAAGUGAUCUCUGUUAUCGGGGGAUUGGCUGCCUGCUUCAUCUUGCUGUUCCCAGGCCUCUGUCUAAUCAAAGCAAAGCUCUCUGAGAUCCAGCAAUCCAACUCUGCCAGCUGGUGGCUUCGGGUACUGUUUGGGAUCUUCAUGGUGUGCCUGGGAGCUUUCAUCUUCGGACACAGCACCAUGAGCUCCAUCUUCCAGAUUCAACACCAGUGACUGCCUCUCCUCCUCCACCUUGUCUCUCCACUACACCCCGUGAAAUCCAGCUGCCAGAUCAAUGCAGUCCAACGCGAGCUGGACACGUCCAAUGUUUACAGGCAUUCCGGGAGCUGUGGAGUGACUGAAUUUGCCUGUGCUGUGGGGUAGAAGGAUUCUGCAAUAACUGGCCUUCAAAGUGAGAGAGUUGUGCUUUGCUUUUCCUGAUGGUUCGACACUGAUUCAGUUUUUUUCCUCAUUUUGCAUCUGUGAGCUGUGUGGAUGACCCCACUGUGGCGUCCUCUGCACCUCAGGUUUCUGCCGUUUGGAGACCACCAUUUCCAGGGGUCAAACGCAAAUUCAGUCGGGUGUGUCGGAGACUUUGUGAUCAAGCCAGAAUGCUGAGGAAGGGUUUGUUCAUUCAAUCACCAGCACUUUGAAACUCACCAUGGUGCUGGAAGCAUUCCACACACCUUUUCAGUAGAAGGGAUUCUGUUAGAACUGCUCUGACCACUAAAACUAUGCAUGAGUGAAUGGGUCAAUUGUCAUUAAUACACUAAUUAGAUGAUCGCCUUCCCUGGAGCCCACUACCUAUGUCUCACUAUUCCACGUGCACAGAGACCCACCCCCAGCCAACCCAUUGACCUUUGCUGCUGGGGCGAUGCACACCAAGACCCACCCCCAGCCAACCCAUUGACCUUUGCUGCCAGGGCGAUGCACACCAAGACCCACCCCCAGCCAACCCAUUGACCUGUGCUGCUAUGGCGAUGCACACCAAGACCCACCCCCCAGCCAACCCAUUGACCUGUGCUGCUAUGGCGAUGCACACCAAGACCCACCCCCAGCCAACCCAUUGACCUGUGCUGCUAUGGCGAUGCACACCUACCCACCCCCAGCCAACCCAUUGACCUGUGCUGCUAUGGCGAUGCACACCUACCCACCCCUACCCAACCCAUUCACCUGUGUCCCUACGGCCUGUUCUGGGCACCAGACGGAGCCAAUGCUUCUUACCACAGCAGGAGAUGGGAAGUCUGCUUGGCCUUUCCUCUCCAGAAUGGGCUGAGAAUUGUCUGAAUCUGGUGCGGUUUUUUAGAUGACUUGAAAAGAGAAGGUUGUUGAUUUGGGGCUGUCUGUGCACUUUUUUAACCCAUGGAGUCAGGCCAGGCAAUCAGCAAUGCAAACACUGUACGCCAUCUGGGCAGGACUGCAGUGCAACCAAGCAGGUUCCGUGUCUUCUGAGGCCUGUCUGAUGAACCGUCAGUGCGUUCCAGGACUCAGUGUUGGAAAAUGGGAAUCUGUGCCCAAUGUCUGACUUUGCAACUUUCAAUAAAGGUGCAUUUUCA